CUUUAUUAUAUAAUUGGUCGAUCAUUAAAGAUACAACUUUUUAAUUUUCCCUCAAAAUUCGGGUGUUGAUGAUUUUGGAAAUAGUUUUGGAGUGAAAUUAAAGGAUAGAGCCAAAGAAGGAGGUGUCAGAAUCGGCGAGAAAAUGGCAAUCCAAAUUAUUUUGGCUGCGCAGGAAUCUUCCUGGAAAUUAACCAUCGCCAAGUAGAUUACAUCAAAAUCCUUUAUAUUUGCAACAAACCCAUCAAUCGAUUCUUUUCAAUCAUCCCUCUUCUCUACUCAUCAAGAACUACUUCGAAAGAAUUAUCCACUUCUAGCUCUUGUGAAGUGAUGGGUGGAAAAAGUUCUAAGCAUAGAAGCUCAAGACGGAAUUCGUCUAGUCGGUCGAACUCACAGCAGUGGAGUCAUUAUGGUUAUCCGGAGUCGCCAUAUACUCAAUCGAGAAGCACGCCGCAGUAUGAGUAUGCACCUCCAACUCCUAGCUAUGGUGGAACUCAAGCCCCUGAGACAAGAAAGAGGCUGGAGAGGAAGUAUUCAAGGAUAGAUGAUAACUAUAACAGUCUAGAUCAGGUUACUGAAGCAUUAGCUCGUGCUGGCCUGGAGUCCUCGAAUCUUAUCGUUGGUAUAGAUUUCACAAAGAGCAAUGAGUGGACAGGUGCAAGAUCAUUCAACCGUAGAAGUUUGCAUCAUAUUGGAGAAGAGCAAAAUCCCUAUGAACAAGCAAUAGCAAUUAUUGGCCAAACAUUAUCUUCCUUUGAUGAGGAUAAUAUGAUUCCUUGCUUCGGUUUUGGAGAUGCAUCCACUCAUGACCAAGAGGUUUUCAGCUUUUAUUCCGAUGAGCGAUUUUGUAAUGGAUUUGAAGAAGUGUUGGGUAGGUACAAGGAACUAGUGCCGCAUCUUCGACUCGCAGGACCUACAUCUUUUGCACCUAUCAUUGAAAUGGCUAUCACAAUUGUUGAGCAAAGCGGCGGCCAGUACCAUGUAUUGGUAAUAAUAGCCGAUGGUCAGGUUACAAGAAGUGUUGAUACUGAGCGUGGACAGUUUAGCCCACAGGAAAAGAAAACCAUUGAAGCAAUAGUGAAAGCUAGCAAAUAUCCCCUGUCGAUUAUACUAGUUGGAGUAGGAGAUGGGCCUUGGGACAUGAUGAGGGAAUUUGACGACAAUAUCCCAGCUCGAGCCUUCGAUAACUUCCAAUUUGUGAAUUUCACAAACAUAAUGUUAAAGAAUAUAGAUCGAUCCAGAAAGGAAGCAGAAUUUGCUCUUGCAGCACUUAUGGAAAUACCCUCCCAGUACAAAGCAACACUGGAGCUUGGUCUUUUGGGUGUCAGUAGAGGGAAGGCAAUCGACCGGAUUCCUCUUCCCCCUCCUUUUUAUGGACCCAGCGUCCGAAAAACCUCAAACUCAAGCAGUUCUCGCCCAACGCCACCCUCAUUUAGUGGAGGUGCUCCUGGCCGAACUGCACCUCCUCUAAGUUCAGUUUCCGAUGCCCAUGCUUGUCCAAUUUGCAUCUCCAAUGCUAAGGAUAUGGCUUUUGGCUGUGGACAUCAGACAUGUUGUGAAUGUGGACAAGAUCUUCAGCUGUGUCCCAUAUGCCGCAGCUUUAUCGACACAAGGAUAAAGCUAUAUUAGAAAAAAACUAAAACCCUCUGCUGAUUCUUUCUCAUGUCACAAUAUCAACUUCAGCAGCUUGCUUGAGUCAUCUUUGCAAUUCCUUUACUGGGCUCAAAAAGUGUCGACUUGGUAAGUAAGAACAAUAUAAUUUUGUAAAUAUCCAUAGUUUUUCCCUCCUCCGAUUUUCAUUCAUGUUUUCUCUUGUCAUUCCAUAAAAUGUCUAGAAACGAUGUUUGUUAAUCUCCUGGGGGCAACAAACGCCUCAAAUUCUUUAUGAAACCUAGUUUCACGUUAUUUUGAAUGUAA